AUGGAACAUGAAUUACGAGAAUUUUCAACAUCACCAUUAACUUCAUCAAUUACAACUGAUGAAAUUAACAAAAGUUCUCGCAUGGCUCGUUAUGAACGACCACCAACAGGAGUGGCAUCGUCCAAUCGCCAAUCAUCAACAACAGCGGCAUCAGUUAAUCGUCGACACACAGAAGUAGAUCGACGUCUAUUGUUGGAAAAAGAUAUGUCUGAUGCACAUGAGAAAGGUUUUUGGGUAUGUCGUUUAUGGCAAUUAUUACUAACAUUAAAUAUUACUAUUAUUCUAAUAACAAUUGUACUUAUGCUCUUACUUAUUUUCAUCAUUGGACCUCUUUCUCCUUAUCAAACUUAUGGUCAAUCAUGUAAAAUGUUAUCAUGUAAUGCUGCUCAUGGACUUGUUUGUAACACAAAAUCUAUUUGUUUAUGUCCAUCAAAUGAUUCUUAUUGGUCAUAUAAUGAAACAGGCUGUCGUCGUUGUCCAAAUGGAUGGUCUACUAUAAAUGGAAAAUGUCUUUUCAUAUCAACAUUUAAUUUAAAUUGGACAGAUGCAAUUGCUUAUUGUAAAUCAUUUACUGCUCAAUUAUUAACAUUAUCAACAACAAAAAUAUAUUCAAGUUUAACAUUAUCUCAAAUAAAAAAUUUAGUUUCAUCAAAUACCACUUAUUUUAUUGGAUUAUCAGAACAACCAAAUGAUUCUGGCAAUUGGCAGUGGGUAGAUGGUAGUUCAAUAUCUUCAUCAUCAAUGAAUUUGUUUUGUACAAAUGGUUCCGUGGCUCGAUUUGAUACUAUUUUUCGUGUUAAUAUGAAUUGUGGAAUCUAUCGUAUGGAUUCAUGCUUAGCUCGUUAUACAUGUCAAAGAGCUGAUAUUAAUUUUAUUUGUGAAAAAAUUUAA